AUGACUUCAAUACUACCGCCUAGCAGUUCGGAUAUGGAAUAUUAUUAUCAAUAUAUGUAUCCUUUUAAAUCCAUUUUCCAAUGGUUAAGUCAUUCUUUUAUAGAAAGCCAACCUGAUAUUGCCAAUAGAGAAUUUGCCAUGGCUUUCAGGUCUGGUGCUUACAAAAGAUAUAAUUCUUAUAACACAAUUGCAGAUUUUAAAAACGGAAUAAUUAAGGGUAAUCCAGAUAGAUUUGAAAUUGGUGCCGUUUACAGUAAACCACCUGCUAAAAAAGACGCAAUUUUGAAAACUGACUUAAUUCCUUUACAAAAAGAAUUGGUUUUUGAUAUCGAUAUGGAUGACUACGACGAUUAUAGAACUUGUUGUUCAGGUGCCCAAGUGUGUGAGAAAUGCUGGAAAUUCAUUACCUUGGCUAUUAGAAUCAUAAAUGUUGCACUUGUCGAAGAUUUUGGAUUUAAAGACAUAUUUUGGAUUUUCUCUGGAAGGAGAGGUGCUCACUGUUGGUGCAGUGACAGAAGAGCACGUAAAUUGACUGAUCUGCAAAGAAGAAACAUUUUAGAUUACUUAAAUAUCAUUAGAGAUAGACACGUGGAGAAGAAACUAAGUUUGAUGAGACCGUUAUAUCCACACAUGCAACGCUCUUUGGAAUUUCUAAAACCUUUUUUUGUGGAUAUUAUACUAAAAGAACAAAACCCGUGGGAAGAUGAUAAGGCAGCAAUUGAAUGUUUGUUACUUGGCGGAAUAUAUGAUAAAAACCUAAUUGAGCUAUGUAAAAAAUUCUGGCUGGAUAACCCUGGUAGAUCCAGUGAACAAAAAUGGACUGACAUUGAUUAUUUGGCAACUAAUAAGCUAGCCUAUGGUAAAAAACCAGACUUUUUGGAAAAGUUGCGUCAAUGUAAAGAAGAUUUAAUUCUAAAAACUUUAUAUCCAAAACUAGAUAUUGAGGUUACUAAGCAAACUAUUCAUUUGUUAAAAGCGCCAUUUUGUAUUCAUCCAAGCACAGGUAACGUUUGUGUUCCUAUUAUGGUGAUGCCGAACGAUACUGAUGAGGAUGAUAAUCAAAGUUACCAAAGUGUAGAGAUUGAUUUUGAUCCAACUAAAGCACCCAAACUAAUUAGUCUGCAAAAACAAAUGGAAGAAAAUGGAAACAGACUUGAAAACACUGAUUUACAACCGUAUUUGGAAAAAUUUGGUAGAUUUGUACAAAAGUUUAUACAGAAUGAAAUGCAUGAGGAUGCUACUACUAAUGGGGAUAAGAAAAGGUUUAGAGAAAAUGAUUGGUAA